AUGGCGGGCGCGGGGCAGGUGGCCGGGUGCGGGUGGCUAUGUGUGUGCAUGUGUGUGUGCGUGCGGCCAGCCCGGGGGCGGCGCCGAUCGAUCCAUCCAUCCAUCCGCCGACGAUCGGGAUGUGGGAAGGCGGCGGCAUCCACAGCAGCCACCACGAGGCGCUCCUGCUGCAGGCCGCAGGAUCAGGAGCGGCCGACUACGGGCACGGCGGCGGCCCGGCUUCGCUCCUGCCGUGGCUCGGCCCGGCCGCCGCGCCGGGGUUCUCCUACAUUGGCUCCACACCACGCGCAUCAGCCGGGGCCCUUGGGCGCCGAGGCGGCCGCGAGCCCUUUUGGCUUCGGCGGCGGCGGCGGGUACAGAGAUGGCGGGGUGGGACAAUUCGGGGUGUUCGGCCCAGAGACCCCGCUGCCUCUUCCGCCGCACGGUCUGCUGGCUGCCGGAGGCAGCAGUGGUGGGACGGCGCUGCUGCCGCACGGGCCGAGGAUGGUGUCCGGCCUUCUCGGGACCCUGCAGGCGGAGCUGGGACGGAUGACGGCCAAGGAGAUCAUGGACGCCAAGGCGCUGGCGGCCUCGCGCAGCCACAGCGAGGCCGAGCGCCGCCGCCGCCAGCGUAUCAACAGCCACCUCGCCAGGCUCCGCAGCCUGCUCCCCAACACCACCAAGACGGACAAGGCGUCGCUGCUGGCAGAGGUGAUCGAGCACGUCAAGGAGCUGAAGCGGCAGACGUCGGCGGUGCUCGAGGGGGAGGAGGCCGGCGCCGCGGCGGCGCGGCAGCACCUGCUCCUGCCGACGGAGGCGGACGACCUGGCGGUGGACGCUGCGGAGGACGGCGACGGCAGGCUCGUCGUGCGGGCGUCGCUGUGCUGCGAGGACCGCCUCGGCCUCAUCCCCGACAUCGCCCGAGCGCUCGCCGCGCUCCGCCUGCGCGCGCACCGCGCCGAGAUCGCCACGCUCGGCGGCCGCGUCCGCAACGUGCUCCUCAUCACCACCGACGACGACGACGAGGAGGAAGGAGGAGGAGAGGGCCAAGGGGACUGCCACGACGACGGCGGCGCCUCGUCGUCCAACCGGAGGCACGAGCUCGUCGCGUCGAUCCAGGAGGCGCUGCGCGGCGUCAUGGACCGCAAGACGGCGAGCAGCGGCGACACGUCCUCGUCUAGCGGCGGCGGGAGCAUCAAGAGGCAGCGCAUGAACGGUGCGCAUGAGCAAGGUUCGCUUUAG